AUGCCAGGAAUCAUACUCUCUCCCAGCGCCAGCAGCGAGGGCGCAACCGCAGGCAUGAAACGAGCGCAUGUGGCGGACAACGCGCCAACACAUGGGGAGCCGCAGCAGAAGAAGCGGCGAGUCGUGCAUGCACUGCACCACACGCAGCCAGUCCAGCACAUCGUCGACCCUGUCAGCGCCGAGUUUGAUAGCUUUGGUGAAAGCAAGGACUUUUUCGAUCAGCAAUUGCGGCGCGCAAUAGCGAUACAAUGCAAGAGCAUGGGAUUCGAGGGUGCGCGCCCGGACGCGCUGGAGCAGUUCCGGGCGCUGGUUGAUUCCUACAUGAGCCACUUUCUAGCCCAAGUGCGCAAGUCCAUGAUCAGUUCGCGCCGCACCGAAACAGUGGCACACGACUGGAUAUACGCGCUGGCAUCUUCGGGUCUACGCGGAUCGGCACCCCUCGACCAACAUUUCGACACUGGCGAAGUUCCUCCAUCGCUACUACAGCCCUACUUUGCACCUCCCGUACCCCCAGAAGCCCCGCCCCCAGAUACCGAAUCCUUGUUAGGCCCCGAGUUAUCGGGCAAGGCAGACAAGGAGACGCGCCCUUAUAUCCCAGAACACUUUCCUGGCUUCCCCUCCAAGCACACAUAUUCUGCGACACCAGUCUUCACCAACCGCGAACAUGACCCGCGAAAGAUUCGGGAAAAGGCAACCGAGGAGGGUAUCUUGGCCGAACAGAGUCUUAGAAAGCUCAUGGCAGCACAAAAAGCGGGCGUUCAGAAGCAGAAUGUGGGAAAGCGGAAGCGAAGCAAGCGCAUGAAAGAGAGCGACAAGUUAUGGCAAGCAGCCAUGACGGAUUUGUUGAACGAGGAGCACCAGCGCGAAAAGGACGAGGAACGACGACAGGCACAGAUGGACCUGGACGAAGAUGACGGUUGGAACACAUCACAUGAUGCUCCAACACGGCAGCCUACAACCGAUCGUAGCGUCAAUCUGGAAGAAGGCGUACACGUCAACUACGAGCGCAAAUACUGGAGAAAAUCCGGGAGCGGCGUCUAA